AUGGAAACGCGGUUGACAACUAACAACAAAUAUGGUGUCCAAGAAAAAACGAAAGAGCGAAAAAUGCGAAACUACAAUCCCACUCGAGAAAAGGUCAACAAUGAGGUAUUGGGAUCAGCUGAAGGCAAGACAGCACCAAAACAUGUUAACUACACGCACCUUGAGAAAGCAAGCAAGGCACCAUCCUUGUAUGAGCUCUGCCUUUUCUAUAUAUCAGAUCUUUUUCAAGUUCAUAACAUCAACUAA